AUUUCUCGCUGGGUCUGCCACUGUCAAAGUAGCCGAGCGAAAAUAUUUCCGAUCGACGACGUAGGGGAGAAAAUUAAUCUCCAAAGUAGCGUUUACACAAGAGUCGCGACGAAAGGAAAAGUGACCCCCCUCCCUCCCUCGUUCAAAGCCCCUGCGCGAAGGGUUGAAGGGUAUUAGCAGGGGGGAGGAGGGCAGUGGCGCUGCAGUAUCGACGCUCGAUACCACUUCGGCUUCGCUGUCGCGCCGUGGCGAACGUCCCGGAUUGGUCCGCGCGGCCGCUCGGUGGCGUUCGCGUCGCCACCACUGACCGCCGUGAUUGGCUCUCGUGGUGAGUGUUUCUCCUCUUGCUCGCUCGCUCGCUUUCUUUAUCUCUCUCAUUCGCUCGCGUCGCCCCCUCGCGCUGCGUCAGGCGUGGUCGUCGUCGCAGUUCAUCCGAGUCGGGCGCGGCGAUCGUCUCGCGCGUCUGUGUCGUGGCUGGUCUCUCGAGAACGCGGUGAACUGUGAACCGUGCGUGGCGUCUCGCUCUGUGCGCGGUGGACGCAGGUAUCGGUGCGGUGCGUCUCUCUUUAUUAUCUCUCUCUUUCUUUCUCUCUUUUCGCCCCGCGCCCCGUGAAAUGAGAGUGAAAACGCGGCCGCGCUCGGCCGGCUCGUGAAUCAUCGACAACGCCGGCUUCUCCGAGUCUCCGGAGGGGCCUCGACACGGUGCGACGCGUCCUCCCGUUUUCUUUCUCUCUCUCUCUCUCUCUCGCACGCGCGCGAGGCCUACUCCCCUUCUCUCCGUUUCUCUCACCUAUAGAGAACAACCCUCGUAUCCCGCGCGCGCAUCACCGCCUACGCAGUGAGCGUCGUCGGGCCACUGGUGCGGUGGAGGGACGGUUGUUACAGCGUGCCGCGAUAUUAGGACGAAUUCACCGGAGCGGCGUCGAGAUGCAUGUGCGUGCCGACGCUCGACGGUGGUGGUGAUGGUAGUGCUCUCGGAGGUGGCCGCGAAUGGCGAGGCGCACUCCCUCAAUGACGACGCUACCGGUCAGCGAGGAGAGAGAGUUCGUCGCUCCGCGCCGGUGAAACCGGUAUUAUUUUCGGCGGGGCCUCCGAAAGAGUGACCUCUAUGUUUUAUUCGCGACAAUGGAAACGCGACGAUCGCCCCCGGGGUGUCCGGAGCCCUCCGCGUAGUCAUCCACGCGCCGAGAGUUGCAUCUCCGACGAGGUGCAACCGGUUCGCGUCCCCAAAAGGACGCCGUUCUGUCACGCGAGAACCCGAAUGGAGUUAUGCUCAUUCACGCACCGAACAAUUCUCCAAUUAAUCGCCUACCGCGAUCAGAAGGAUUUGAUUAACUUCAUUUUCAUCAAUGUAGAGAUUAACUCACACUCUUCAUCUUUCUCUAUCUAAUUCUUCGGUAGAACUUGAAAAGGAUGAAAAGAAACUCCUCUAAAUUACAAUCAGUGAAAGAUACACUGAUCUCACAGUGGUAUACUUAUAAUUUGUCAAUUAGCGAAAUAAAUACACCGGUCUUUCAGUGAUUAUACACUAAUUUUGAAGUAAGAAGUGAAAAUACACCGGUUGCAAUUUAGAGAGAAAGGUAAAUCAGGAAUACAUAUGAAUAAUUCCAAUAUCAGCUGACGUGUAUGAUAAUUCAUUGUCUCGGUGGACACUUUAAUCUCCAGCCUAUACGAAGUGAGAAGAUAGAAGUUAAUCUACAUUGAUGUAGAAGUGCUGAUAUUUUGAAGAUACCAGCUCCCGAUCGUCGCCGGUCUCGCCGGAACAGCCCUUCCGCUCUCUCGCCCGAUCGAGCGGAGACGAGCGGACGAAAAACUCGCGGCGCGUUUACGCGUUACAUUUUUUUUUCCUGUUCUCUUUUCUUUUUACUCCGUUGCAUUCCCGAUAUCGGAGUCAUGCACUUGAGCGCAGUCGGCCGCUGGCAGUGAGUCAACGCGCCGAGGCGCUCAUGCGUAAACAACUCGUAACGUUGUAUAUCGGAUGUCUACAAACGAAACUCGCGUUCAAUCUCCCCCGCCCCCUCCUCUCCCUCCGACAUUCGAGCCAGAGGAACGAUCGUAUUCUGUGUGCUUAUAAAAUACAGGAAUGAGUUUCGUAAUUACAGCAGUAAAAGAAGUCAAGGGAAAUGUGUUCCCGACUGCAAUAGUUUUCCGUAAAUCGUGCAUACCGUAUUGCUCAAUUUUUCUUUGUAGCUAUUUAUGAGUUUUAUUAGCUCUUUUAGCUCUUUCCAAAUUUAUUCGCGCGUAAAUCCGGAUACAUUCUCUUUAAAUCUCGUUGAAUCGCGGUGCUUUACUUUAUAUAACUGAACAUCGGUAAUUAUUCACUUUCAGUGAUUUCGACUAAGAAAGGGAAACUCUCGCUGACCAGAAUCAGUGUACUUUCAUCAUUGAAAAGCAGCGCAUGCAUCACUGAUUGAUGUAGCUACAAGUACAGCAUUGAAAUCAGACUGUCAUUCAGUGAAUAAUACACAGAUUCCGAUUUAAAGAGAGAGAGAGAGAGAGAGAGAGCAGAAUUCAAGAUUUAAUUCAUCCCUGAUAAUUGCCAUAAUUGACAUAAUUACAAAGCUCUCGAUAAAUUAAAGGUCAAAUUUUCCGAAACGUCGUAGACUAUGAAACGUUUCAGGGUGCAGGAUACCGUUGCACUUCCACUUUCCCAAAAGAGAGCUCGCGAGUAUCGAUUCUACAGUUCUCACGUUUAAUUUCGUUUUUUCCCCCUGUUUCGUUUGUCGAUAGAUCUCGAGAAAAGUGCCGCGAGUCGCUUCUUCACGCGAUACCGUCUUUCGUCGUCGUCGUCAACGUCUGGUUAUCCUUGCGACGUGUAAGACGAGCCGGAUGGUUCUCGUCCUCUCGUGGAGCACCACUCUGGCAGCGAUAAACAAAACCAUCGUACCAUCGCGCGCGUAUCGGCUUUCAACACGUUUCACCGGUGCGGCGCCCCCGAUCGAGAGGCUUCUUUUUUUUUCCUUCCCCUCCGCGGCGACUUUGCCAAGCGCGAAUUGUCAAACGUACAUGUACGUGUAGAAAAUACGAAGGUACCACCGAAAAUGUUGGGAAACGUCAUGAAUUUUUGCGGAAGAUUUGUCAGAACAAAAUUGUCGUCUUUAUUAAAUUUAUUUAUUAUUUUAUUAUAUUACCAAUUAAAAACACGCAUUAAUCGGUAAUAUUAAUAUCUCAUAUCACAUAUUUUGUAGGGUCUGUAUUUAUCGUUUUAUUUACGCGUGAUAAGUUUAAAGGUAAGAGGAAAGUGGUGUCCGCUUGAUUGCACCGGCAAAUUGGUCCUUUCGUUAUCGGAUAUAAAUGCGUUAUCGCGCACGUGAGGCUCACUUUAAUGAGCGAAUACUGCUGAACGAGUAUCGAAUAAAGUUUCAUGGGGUUUGAAUCAGUCAUUGCGCUUCGGCCGCCCCGAGAUGCACGGUCGAUUUACAGUUACUCGCGUUUUUUGCAUAUCGGCUCCGAUCUUCGCUGCGCUCCGCCGAUUAUUUUUCGCGGUCUCUGUUUUCAUAGAACUGUACACACCGGUAAUAUAAUCGCGAACGGUAACGUAUCGGGUGGUGUUUAGAAAUUCGUGUUAUUUUUAUUCAUUUUGUAUUCUUGAAUAUAUAAAAUGUGAAGUUUAAUUUUUCUGUUAUCUUGUGUUUCUUCAGAUAAAACAUUUUUUCUGUUUUUCAUAUAAAAUACGAAGGAGAAAUCGUUAAGCGUAUCGCUGCCCGGAAAAAGUAUUGAGAUUUUAUAUAGAGUCGUAUAAAAGUUGCGGUUUAUAAAUUUUAUAGCUUAAACAAUUUAUUAAUACGAUAAAGAAGUGACAGAAAAGGAUCUUUCCAUUUCGCCGAAUUGCAAGAAUUUCACUCUUACGAAACCGAGGCCCGGUAGCUCUAUAACUUCAACACUAAAAUCUUUCUCUUACGCAAUAAUACAUGUAUCAUUAUCCCUUUCGCGUACACGCGUCUUACGCUACAAAUUAAGUGAUAAAAUAAAAUCAAUUUUACAUGAUAAACGCGUUCGCUCCGAGGUCGUCGCCGUGGACACUUGUUAUCGGAUCGCAAUAAUCUUUUUUUCUUCUACACCACGCAACAGGAGAAUACGUGACUCUGGUGCGUCGAAUGGAAGGCGCAGUCAUAUGCACAUGUGAAACGUGAGCGGACUCUUGUAAGCAUCUCUCGGUUUUCGGUUUAAAGGAUUAAAUCCCCUGUCGAGUCCCCGCGGCGAUCUCCUGCGGGAGAAGGAAAGAGAGAGCGAGAAAAAGAGAGAGAAAGAAAGAGUAGCCGUCCCUCGUGGUGAGAGCAUGUCGACGACGGAGAAUCAGCAGCAGAACGGUACCGCGGGCGGCGCGCAGAGCAACGGCAUCAAGACCCUAUCGUCAUCGUCCUCGUCCUCGUCGUCCGCGGCGUCGUCCACGACGUCGGGCGUCUCGCCGUCGUCCGCCGGCCGCGUCGGCCUACCCAACAACAGCAAUUCGUCCUUCCUCUACAGCAGCAGCACGAUGCUGAGCCGGGAGAAGACGCGGCAGGUGCCGCCGCCGACCCUGCCCAAGUACACGUCGAGCUUCAACGCCGGGUCGAACGGCGGCGGCACGGCCGAACGGCUCACCAGGGACCGCGAGGCCGGCGGCAGUUACAGGCUCGCCAGCCUGGACAGACUCGCCCUGAGACAGAGGAUACUGGACGGCGAAAAGGCGAACGGCGAGCCCAUCUCGAUCCAGACGAAGCGUGAGCUGUUCUUCAAGAACGACGGCACGGGAAUAAUCUCGUCGCCCUCGGUGCCGUCGGUGCCGCCGCCGCAGCCGCCGACGCAGGCGCCCGGGUCUCAGGUGAACAAUUCGUCGUCGGUGACGAACUCGACAACCGCCGGCAGCCUGACGUCGCCGAACGCGGCGCCGGUGUACACGAGCGGCGCCCUGGCCGGAUUGAACGCGAAGUCACGGCUCCCGCCGUCGACGACGAUCCCGAACGACGCCUCGGAGGAUAGUAACAGGCGCGAGUCGGCGCGGAACGCGAUCUCCUCCAAGGAGGACAGCAACAAGGAGGCCAGUUUGCUGCAUCAUGCGCGACCAACGCCGCCCACCAAGCCCAAGGAGCUCGACGGCUACGUCGGCUUCGCGAAUCUCCCCAACCAGGUGUACAGGAAGGCCGUGAAGAAGGGCUUCGAGUUCACGCUCAUGGUCGUAGGAGAGUCUGGUCUCGGCAAAUCUACCUUGAUCAACUCCAUGUUCCUGGCCGACAUAUACAGUGCCGAAUAUCCCGGACCCAGCCUCAGGAUAAAAAAGACAGUUGCCGUGGAAACCAGCAAAGUACUGCUGAAGGAAAACGGUGUCAACCUCACCCUCACGAUUGUCGAUACCCCUGGUUUCGGUGAUGCUGUGGACAACAGCAACUGUUGGGUACCAGUAAUCGACUAUAUCGAGUCGAAGUACGAGGAAUUUCUCAAUGCAGAAUCUCGUGUGACGAGACGGCAGAUCCCGGACAGUCGAGUGCAUUGCUGUCUCUAUUUCGUCGCACCCUCCGGUCAUGGAUUGAAGCCCCUUGAUGUGGAGUUUAUGCAGCGUCUCCAUGACAAAGUUAACAUCAUACCUGUUAUUGCCAAGGCGGAUACCAUGACGCCGGAUGAGUGCGCGCACUUUAAGAAACAGAUUUUGAACGAGAUUGCGCAACACAAAAUAAAAAUCUACGAAUUUCCGGAGGUCGAAGAGGAAGAGGAUAACAAAUUCCAUAAAUUAUUAAGGGAUAGAGUGCCAUUCGCAGUCGUGGGAGCGAAUACAGUCGUCGAACACGACGGGAAGAAAGUGCGGGGAAGAAAAUAUCCAUGGGGAGUUGCGGAAGUUGAGAAUCUGGAACAUUGCGACUUCAUUGCACUCCGAAACAUGGUAGUAAGGACACACGUGCAGGAUUUAAAAGACGUAACGAACAACGUGCACUACGAGAAUUUCAGAUGUCGCACCUUGGCCGGUAUAGGCGUAGACGGAAAACCGACAAAGGCCUCGAAUAAUUUGUGCCCUCCAGGAGUGAUGAACAGUUUCAUGAUGGUGUGGAACCCAUUGGCGCAACUGGAAGAGGAGAAGCGUGAACACGAUAACAAGAUGAAGAAGAUGGAGUCUGAAAUGGAGCAAGUUUUCGAGAUGAAAGUUCGCGAGAAGAGGCAGAAGUUGAAAGAUUCCGAAGCGGAUUUGCAGAGAAGGCACGAACAAAUGCGACGCUCGUUGGAACAGCAAGUGCGCGAGUUGGAGGACAAGAGGCGAGCGUUUGAGGCGGAGAAGACUGCCUGGGAGCAGCAGACCGGUCACAGUAUUGAAGAAUUACGUAGACGCAGCUUAGAGGCGAAUUCGAAAGAGGCUGUCGACGGUAAAGAUAAGAAGAGCAAGAAGAAGGGCCUUUUCUAAUCGAUCGGCAAGAGAAGCAAACAGUGAAGUGAAAAGGAGAGCAGGCAGGAAAAGUUUGAUUCCGAUUGCAGCGCGGUUAUUGCACUUUUAUGACCACGUUUAUAAUAUGCUGACGACGAACACGAGUCAGGUAGUUUUUGUUCAACAACGGAUACGCGAUGUACACCGAUUCUCGAUCUCUCGUGAGAUCCGACUAUCUUGACGCUUAAAUGGGCGCUAAUCGAAGAAAUAGCCGCUCUUCUCAAGAACUGGAAAAGCGUAGAUUCAAAGAGUUUAAAAAUGGGCAACGGUAUUAAGAAGUCUGUGGAAACGAAAAUUCGUGGAGUUAAGGCGCUCUGAAACAUGAAAGAUUCAUGAUAAUCCGAUCUCGGGGAUCAUCGUACGCUAUUCCAUUAAUCCAUAGGACUGGGAGUUUUCAGCCUGGUUUCUAAUGUACAAAGAUUCUUAGAUUAGAGAGUCUCGAAGGUAAGAUUGAUUGGUUGCAAAUCAAUUGCGGUAUCCUUGUUAAUGCGGAUUAUUUUGGGCCGUGUCGAGAUAAUUUAUGUGAAUGUUCUGUACUUCGUUUUGUUGUUCGCGAUACCUGAUUCGUGUGAAACUGCAGACAGAAAGAAACAGGGAAAACAUUUUCCUACGAGAGAAUGCGUUUGCCUGCGCUAUUUCGCGUUUCCUAUCUAUUCGAGAGAAAAUAAAAGGAAGAGAGAACAAGAAGAUACAAUCAUCUUUUCACGAUCAUCAGCGUUCAACCGCGAUCACCAUUUACUUCACGAUAACUGUACAAAAAGAAAACCCAUGUAGACAUAAUUUUUUGAAGAACGUAACUUUCGUACUUUCCUCGGCGCGAAUUAGCUCCGUUUAAGCUUAUGUAUCUUUCUGCGUAAUGAGAGCGUCAUGUUCGCCGCCCUCCGCCAUUCACAUACAUUAACUUUAUGACUGAAUCAAGGGUAUUUGGCAUAUCAAUAUUUUGCACUUAGAACAGCAGAGCGUCCUGCGUUCCAUAUCUUGAACUAAAGAGAUGAGAUUAUUAUAUAUGUCGAACAUGAUAAGUUCAAUCACUUUAGUGUUAAAUUGUAAUCUUGUAAGUAAUUAGAAUCCAUUUUUCUUUGUUUACUUAUUUGUACUUUAUUUAAAAAAAUAGAUUGUAAAAUUAUAAUUUUAUUUGAUGUACAAGAUGUCGUAGAUAUCUUUACUCUAUCUUUGACUUCGAAUUCUUUAUAGGAUUAUUGAACCUUUAAAGGUAAUCACUGAAAAGCAAAAUCUGAAAAGAUUUUUACAUAAUCAAAAGAUAAGAAGAUAAUUACAACAUUUAGUUUUGAAUUAAUUUAUCAAGAGGAUUUCAAAAUUUAGCAAAAUAUUGAAACUUUGCUUAAACGUUAAAAAAUUAUUCAAAAAGUAUGAUACGAAGAUUGAGUUCUUUAUAGACAAGAAAUUUACGAGUUAAAAAAAUUUCUAACGAAGCAAUCUUCAAUCUGUCAAGAGGAAUUAGUUUAUAAGAAAAAAUCAUUGAGGUAAUACAUUUUAUCACGUGAAUAGCAUCUCCUGUCGCAGAGGGAGGUUGAACAUGAUAUUGCACAAAAACAGCGGCCAUAUAUUAUAUAAAUAUAUUUAUGUAUAAAUAAAAAGCGAGAGAAGAAGCGUAUAAUUGUAAGUUUAAUUCAUGUACAUGUAUAUCUAAGUCACGCCUUACGACAGGUGUGAAAGGUCGAUUGCGAUAAGAACGGAUCAUUGUAUAAAAAAUAAAUCUAGAUGUGUUGAACUACCGCGCGAUUCAAGACGGUGCGCUUUUCCCUUAUUUUUUCUUGCUUCGAGGUCACUUGAACAUUUUUUAAUCGUAAGUGAAGUGCCAAGCUUUAGUUCCAAAAAAAUAAUUUCUAUAAAACAAAAUUUGAAUAAUUUCUAUGUGAUUAUAUUCGAAUUUUUGGGUUAGUACAAUGUCGAUAACGCAAACGGAGAUUAUUGUAACUGCGACUUUCUAGGAAAAUGAUUUGUAUAAUAUUUUUUUUCAAAGAGAUUUUUAUUUCUUAAUUAUGUUUAAUGUACAACUAUGUGGAUUGAAGUUACAUCUUUUUGGGACUUCUGAGGAAUUACUAACAAAGUAGUUGAGAAAUACUCGGAAAUACUCCAACGGAAGUACCCUAAAAUGCAGCUGCAAUUUAUCGUCGACGGUUAUACUCGACAAACGUUUACAUUCGCGCCGUCUGGAAUCUGUUCACGUCGAUAUGUUUAGGAUAUAAGCUAAUUAAGUUACUUCUGUGCCAAGACGAGCGAGGGAGUGAGCAUUUUGUAACGCUGUAGCGGUCUCUUUGGUUACCGCGAGAUGAAGUACACGGUAUUCUCCCCGGGAAGAUUUACGCUCGGACGCGUUUAGAAGUAACGUGCUCGUUUAUCAAUUCCUUGACGUUUUGAGAAACCUCGAGAGUAGUCGAUUUCGUUUCCUUAACGGCCAGAUGUAGCAAUUUGGCGCGUCGUUGUAAUUUAUUAUUCGAUCUCAUUAAAGAUCUCUUCUUUCUGAUUACGUUUCCUACUACUUAUUUCUUCUUCUUUGUGGGAUGCGAAUAUAUUUGUUUUACAUUGAGUACUGGAAGCGUAAAAAAAAGAAUGGAUCUACGAAAUGAUAUGGAGGCCAGUAAAAAUUGUCAUUUAAUGAUUAUCUAUUAGUUUCUCAGUAACGUGUUCUAUUUUACUAUGCUUCCCCCGUUUCCUUCAUCUCACGGGAGAUAAGGAUGAGAAACGAGCGUACGCCACAUUCCUAUUUUGUACGCAUUUUUCUAAUUAGGCUCGCCGGCUCGAGCGCGUUAUAGCUAUUUCGCAAAGAUCUAAUUGACUAUCCAAUCUCCCGUUCGCAUCUGAGCGCGCACGACUUGACAGUAAACGAAAUAGACGAACGGUCGCAUUUGCUAACAGGAACGAAAAUACGAGCCUGAAAUAAGUGUGAAUGUCCUGAGAGACGUCUAAGAGUCGAGAGAACCCAGUGUCUUCUCUCUACGUCUUUAUCUGUCUCUUGGAGAUUCGCGCUAUUGACUGAGGGACAUCGCCAGAAUCAGUGAAGCGGAUUCUAAGAAAUCGAUCCGGAUCGUUCGAACAUUCAGAGCAGGAUUCAAGGUUCUGGAUCCAAGGUUUCAGAAUCAAAUUAGAAAACCCAAGUUUCCAAGAGGAUCCAACAGAAUUCGAAAAAGUUCGUGAAAGAGAGAAACAAUUAGAUUCUCACGCGUGUCCCUUUCGAAUAUCUCCAAGUCGCAAAUGAGACGCGUAAACGUAAACAAUCGAAAGGAUCAAAGUUUCAUGUUACAGGGUUUUCCAGGUAUUAAAUUUAAUGGACGUACGUUAUACAAAUGAUUGUAAUGAUAAGAAAAACUCAUGCUGUACAAGUCCGAUUUGAAAAGUUUGUAAAAGAUCGGAAUUGUCACCAAAAUUUUUACGAAAGCCUCGCAAUAGUAACAGCGCAGUUAAGCGUCUAUAUUAAUUAAUCGCAGCAAUUAAUUUUCAAUUUUAUAAAAUCUACAAAUUGAACUCCGUUAAAUUGCCAAUGCUAAUCAAUUAGCUUUCUAUGUUCGAUGUUCCGAUAAGUUUCUCCUGGAAGAUCCUAUCAUCGCUUUGCAAGUCUCUGCGAGAAUCGGCAGUCGAUUGUACUUAAUUAUCGCACAAAUUGCCGCCUGAAUCGCGCUUCUUCUUGCAGCCGCGCCGGGGACGACGUCGAGCCGGAUAGGAGGGCCUCGCUUAGGACCGUGGAGAUAGCGGGGCCAGCUGGGUGUUAUCGAUAGACUAUACGUAUUUCUAUGGACGAUGCUUGUAAUACGGUUUUAAGUGGUUACUCAUAAGGUCAUCGCGAUUGCGUUUGCUCCGCGACAGGGGGAAAAGAGCUAGCGAGGGAAGGAAGGGAGGUAGAUAGACGAAACAAAUUUAUAUAUUUUGCCGUGCCAGACAAAAACGAAAGCUGCCGCCGCUAAUCGUAGACCAGUUGUAAUAAUAACGACUCACUAUUGUAUCGCGCGACGAACACCUUAGAGUAUGUAUAUCCAAGUAAAUUAUAUAUAAAAAACCAUAUAAAACAA